CUAACGUUUCCCGAGGAGUCCCUGCCUAAAGGGAAGGGGGAUUACAUCCUUGGCUACUACAGCAACAACUGCGGCUGCAUGGUGGGCAUGACGGAUCCCUUCCAGAUUUCUUUGCCCACCUUGGAGCAAGUCAGCAGUGCCACGGACAGCACCAACAGCACCUCCGAAGAGGACGACGACAGCACAUUGGUGCUCCUCGGACCCAAAUCCCGCAGCCCCAGCCCCGGCAAGAUGCACCGUCACCGUAGCCGCAGCCCCAGCCUGGCCAAGUUCCAGGGUCUGCUCUUGCGAUCCUCCAGCCGUGACCAAGGGGCCAGCCGCAGCCCCUCGCCCCAGGGACGCCGCCACAGCACCAUUCUGAAGGCGGACAUUCCCAGCAUCCAGUUUUCCAAGGACAGCCCACGGCACCGCUCCAAGUCACGGGAGAUGGUGCAGAACACCGAGGCCUCCUCUUCCUCCUCUGUCACCUCCCAGGCCCGGACAAGCUGGCGCUUCGAGGAGACUCCGCUGUCCCGAGCCGAUCCGCGGAAUCUGGGCUUGCUGCCCGCUGUGCGUUUGGAGACGGUGGAUCGGGUCAUGGGUUCCCGGCGUGACAGCACUGACCCGAGUCAGCCUGGACGAAGGAUGAGUCCCACCAGCCCCACGGCCGGGCUCGCGGCCCUGUUUAGUACUUCCCCGCAAGAGGGGUUCCCCCACAAUAGCCACAGCUGCGACACCAGACACUAAGGUGGCAGAGCCCACCAGGCAACCAUCCUGCGUAGUGUGUGUGACAACGCCCUUUGCCCACUCCCCUCUUGGCCUGCCUUGCACACGCUCACUGCAGCUGUCCCGAUGGGGCGCAGACUCAGACAUGGAGCUGUCGUGGUGCCACCCGAUCCCAUCCCCUUGACAGUUGCCCUGUGUCUACAUCGGAGCCCAACCAAUGGAUCCUGUCCCUCCUGUGCUGCUCACCCCACGUCCUCCUUGGGGACAGCUCUUUCUCCCACCAAACACCGAGGUUGGAACCCCAAACUGGAUCACCCUAACACUGUUUUGGCCUGUCACGGGGGGACCAGCUGCAGGAAGGAAGCCCCUCGGCCUCCCCUUCAUCCGGAGCAGCCCGAAGAUUCCUGGCGGUUGGCUGAUGAGCUCAGAAGCUCCCAGCUUGAAGACGGAGCGAGAGGAGUACAAUAUGGAGAAAAGGAGGAGGCCAUUUCCGGAGGCUUCCAUGUUGUAAGCUCUGAAGGCCCAGCCAGGCUCAUGGUGAUGGAGAGCCCCCCUCCCCCCAGCAGAAUCCCAGCCAUGCCCAGGGAGGGGUUCAAGCCAAGGCUGAAGACGAGGGGGCAACUUGGAAUGUAGAACUCUGGCGGUGGGGGGGGGAGCCGGGGGGAACUGUGAAAUGGGAGGGCUGGUCUCUCUCCAGAUUGGGGACCUUCCCCGGGAUGAGUUCAGAGUUGAGACAAUCUGUCCUACCUCUACCUCUCACUCCCCAAUAAAUCAUCGUACAAAUGCUCCAGGAGGCCGUGUCUGCCCUCAAAGCGCAGGGGACGGUGGGCGGCUGAGAAGAGGCAAUGCCCCC